AUGCCGUUCCUAUCAUUCCCCUCACGCGACCUCGCGACCACUCUCCAGCGCUCCUCUUUCCUUGAGGCAAUCCAGAAACAUGAUGCAUCCUCACUCGCAAUUCUGGAGAAUGAUUCUGGCGCAAGUUUCUCUUAUGGGACUUUGUUGAAUAGCAUCGCUCAUGCUAAGGAUGAGCUAUUAUGCAAGGCUGGCAAGACAGAUAUCUCUGGUGAGAGAAUUGCGUUCAUGGUAGAGAGUGGAUAUGAAUAUGUCGUGACACUUUUGGCUAUCCUCGCUUCCAACGCCAUCGCCUUACCACUGGCCCCAGCGUUCCCUGCUCCAGAGCUGCGCUACAUUCUCGACAACAGUGAAGCUCUAGUCCUAAUCUCAUCAGCCAAAUACACCAGCAAAGCAGAAGAAGUCAUCAGCAAAGAUCUCGCGAGCACACCGAUCUUCUACCAACUGGACGGAACAGGCCAUUCGUCCGCUGGCGAAAAGCAAAUCGAACUUGGAGAGCUUUCAGAUUCCCAGCAGGGCGGCAUGAUGCUCUUCACCUCUGGAACGACGGCCCGACCAAAGGGUGUCGUACUCACACAAGCCAAUCUCACAGCGCAAGCAUCGAGUCUGCUUGAAGCAUGGAGGUAUUCGCCGAGUGACCGACUUUUGCACGUUUUGCCUCUUCACCACAUCCACGGCACGGUGAAUGCGCUGCUUACACCACUUCUGGCUGGAAGUAGUGUUGAGUUCAUGUUUCCAUUCAACGUCGACAAGGUUUGGACGAGAUUGGCAGCACCUUUCCAGCAAGAAAAUGAGAAGGUCCAGGCUCCGAUUUCCUUCUUCACAGCUGUUCCAACGAUCUGGGCAAGAUUACUCAAGCAUUACGAGUCACUAUCUCCCGAGAUGCAAAAAGCUGGAAAGGAAGCUAUCUCACCACGGAACCUACGACUCAACUUCUCCGGCUCAGCUGCUCUGCCCAAGCCCAUCCGUGAUGGCUGGAUUAACCUCUCCGACGGAAACAUCCUUCUCGAACGCUAUGGAAUGACAGAAGUUGGGAUGGCGCUAUCUUGCGGUCUCGCAGACAUUGAUCGCGUAGACGGUUCCGUUGGCUGGCCUCUUCCAUCAGUAGAGGCCCGUCUCAUGGAAACCGACGACGAGACUGGCGUCCAGAAUGUCGUUCAGCCCGGCGAAGAGGUCGACGCUGCUGGAAAGGAGCGUAUUGGAGAGAUUCAAUUGAGAGGCCCUACAAUCUUCACCGGCUACUGGCGCAACCCGGAAGCCACAGCCAAAGAAUUCACAGAAGACGGCUGGUUCAAGACCGGCGACAUCGCCAUCCGUCGCACUGUCCCAGGUUCAGGAAAAGGCGAAUCCGGCACGUGGGCACAAGGACCAGCAUAUUUCAUCCAAGGCCGUCGCAGCGCCGACAUCAUCAAGACAGGUGGAGAGAAGGUCUCAGCCCUCGAAGUCGAGCGUGAAAUUCUAUCCCUUCCCCAGAUCGACGAGUGCGCCGUCGUUGGCUUACCUUCUGAAUCAUGGGGACAAAAGGUAGCAGCUGUCGUUGUGCUGAAUGGGGAGGAGAUGACACUGCCGCAGUUGCGAGCUGCGUUGAAGCCUAGAAUCACAGCGUAUAAAAUUCCUCAGGAUUUGAUGAUUGUUGAUAGUCUGCCGAGGAAUGCGAUGGGCAAGAUUAAUAAGAAGGAGUUGAUUGGCAGUGUGUAUGGCACGGCGGAGAAGAUUAGGAGAAGGAGCAUUGAUAUGGGAGCGAGGCGAUAG